GACUUUGUGAUGUGAGCGAGGGAAGAAAAGGUCACACACACACACACACAUACCAAGACAGGUCGAUGGCGUAGCGUGUCAUCAUGUAGCUGACCCACUGCUCCCUUAUACACGUGCCAGUCCCUUCCACUGCCUCACCCUUCACGCCAGGAACACUGAGAAACAUGAAUGCGUUCUCAGCCACCACUGCCCGCCUGGCCUGGGCUGCGGCUCAUCAAGGGAUGGAGUCGCCACUUGUCAGUGAGUAUAAAAAACCAUUCAUCAAGCGCCGUCUCCUGGAGACCUUCCUAGGAGGCCUACGUUUGGGUGCCUCAGAGGACGCUCCCUUCUAUGUAUACUGCUUCCAGGUGGCAAUGUUCUCAGUGGUACCCCUGGUGACAGUGGUGUUUGUGUUGCUGGAGCAGACUGGACAGGCAACAGUCAUCCAGGCCAUUUUUAUUAGUGGUGCUUUGGACUUGCUCUACUCUCUCAUCCUGCAAGUGUUGGCAUCACAGCUGCGGAAACGCCAGGCCAAGAAGACUGACUUGUCACAGGUCAACAUUGCUACAGAUGAGGAAGUCAUAGAAUUUGACUCCCCUUUUGGCCCCAAGACCUGGACCUUCCUCAUCAAGGAGAAGAAAUUGAAGGGAGGCAUCUUGAUCUCCUCCCUGCUUACUGGAGUGGUUGGAGGCUGCUCAGUUUACUAUGUCCGGCCAUCCACCACAUACCACCUUGGCCCGCCAUGGGCUGCCUCCCUUGCCUUCAGUCUGCUGGGCCUCUUGACAGUGGCUGUGGGCAUCUGGCCACUGAUUGGGGGCAGUCCACCUGAGCCAGCCACUUUUCACCCACUCACCAUGGAUCUUCCCACCCUCUCCCGGCCUGCACACAUCAUGACCUGCAUUUUGGUGCACUUCCUGGCCAGCCACCAUCCCUAUCCUUGGCUGCUUCAUGUUGAUGCCUUCUGUCACAUCCUCUUCACUCUUGCUCCUGCCCUCUGGCUUCUGGGGAUCCUGCCCCCCAUUGAUGCCUACAUUCUCUGGCUCCUGGAACAGUGGCUGGUUCUGGUGCUGGGUGGGUCCCCAAUGUCAUCCACACGACGGCUGGUGUUACAUGUCAUCCUGGGCACCCUCACCCUCCUCAUUGUGGCGGCGCUGCCCACCUUCUCAGCCGUCAUGGUCUUUGCUGCCUGCCGUGGCUUUCUCUUCAGUGUUGACAUGGCCUGGAUGAUCUCCUCCCUGCUGUCCCACCGAGUGUCCAUACUCACAGGUUUCUCUGGGAAGUAUGAUGAAACACACCCAGGGCCUGGUGGCAGCACUUCCCUGCGCCGCAUCACCUGCCACCGAGAAUUGGCCCUUGUGGUGCCCAUGCUGGCAGCUGUGGCAGGCAUGAGUCUGGGCUGCCACUUGCCUCACCUGGAUUGGUAUGAGCAGGUGAUCAACAUUACCCUACAGAAUGGUACAGUUUCUAAGCUGCCCACCAGGCCUGCCUUGUUUCAGGAGCCAGCACGGGACACAGUUGGUGGUGGUCUGUUGGUCCUGACAGCGGCCAUGCUGCUGGUUGGGGAGGGCCAGAAGGUGUACCUCCUUGGCUUGGUGAGAAACCCCUUCUUCCCAUCGCUUGGCACAGCCCCAUCUGUGGCUGACAGUGGUGGUGGUGGGUCAUCCUGCCUUCAUAUCUACUCCCAGCUACUCCUUAUAGGGUGUCCUUUCCUCUCACUGGUGUUCAUCCAUCAGACAAUUGCAGCAGAACUUCCCCUCCAAGCUGCUGCCUAUCCUGAGACCUUUGACCACUUCCUCCUCACAGUGCCUCUUGCCAGGGUGCUGCGGCAGAUCUGGCAGUUCCCACAGGCAUCCUUCCUGCAGCUCUCGGUUUAUUACAUCCUGGACUUGGUGAGGCGUAAAGGCGGAAACAUGACUGGUCCCCUGGAAAUAUGGACUACCCUCUCUCCUGCAGUGCGGAUGUUUAUCCUCAGCCUGGCACACUUGUGGGGCACUCGGGUACUCCACCGACUCUCCACUGUGCUGCUCUUCCUCAUGACUCCCUUCACAGAGAAGAAGCACAAGAACUCAGUCAAUUUCUUUCUCCUGGGCUUCAAUCUAGCUCUGUCUCCGGUACUGCUGGCCCUGGUGGUGAUCUCGGCUGUGAUUUGUGCUCCAUUACUGCCUGUGUUCACACUGCCAGUGUUCCUCCUGGGCUUCCCAAGGCCACUCAGGUUCUGGUCGUACCCAGUUGGUCGUGCUUCUAAUUCAUGUGACGACUCUGUGUAUUACCAGCAGUUGACACCCCAUGUGAUGCUGGCCCUGCACACCCACCUGCAGUCUGGAGCCCUUGGGAUUACAGAGCCUGGAGAACACUUUUUGCUGCGCUGGGAAGAUCGUUUCAUGUGGGUUCAGAUCCUGGAGACUGGCUUCACCUACCAAUACUACAGUGUGAAGGGGCUGGAGCUUCAGGAGACAAGCUGCCACACUGCUGAAGCCUCACGUGUUGAUGCCAACUUUAGUCGGGCAUUUGACAUUAUGGAGAGUGGCACUGGACGCAACAAGGGAAGUGCACUGGGAUCCUGUGUGAACCGGCAAGCCUUUCACACCCUGACGCCACUCACUCGCUUCUCAGUGCUAGGAUACUCAGAUACUCGCAAUGUGCUGACGGGUGUGUUGGACUCCCCCGACACACUAGCAAUGGUGCGGGAGUAUUUUUUAAAGGCUCUUGUCUUUGUGCUGCUGGACCAUGCCGUCACCCGAGCCAUUGGUCAGCCUCCAAUGCCUCCUGCCAGCCAGGGUCGACCACCCACCACCAGCAGGAGUCAGGGGCAUCUGAGAAACCUUCCUCGUGUCGGCCAAGGAAGACCGUCACUCCCAGAGAGUCCAUCGCCUUUGGAAUCUGAGAGGGAAAGUCCUGUGGCUUCCAUGGGAGAGCGAAGGUUCUCACACUCAUCGUGGCAGAGUGGACGAGGCAGCCGCAUAGCCUGGGCUGGGGAACAGAGGGACAUCCCUAUUGUGCGUACAGGAGACACUCCACCUCCCCAGGCCUGGAACAGGGGACAGGAGCUGAGCAGGAGUGAGUGGACGACAGAACAUCCUCCAAGGACGGUCCCAGGCCAUGGGUCGUCUGGCUCGAUAGACAACCACAAAUCAGUUAGCUUUAUCCCAGGAAUAAUGUAUGACUCAGAUGAUGGGGAUUCUCCCCGUCAUGUUCCAAAUAAUUAUCAGAAGAAAACUUCCUCCCGCGUGGUGAACCUGCGGGUGGUGCCUCGGGGUGCCCCACCCUCCCCUCCCAUCUACGAGAGUCCCUUAAGUGCAGCCUUGGCCCCUCCUCCAGACUGGAUGAUUGACCCACCACUUGAAGCAGAGGCACUGGAGGAGACUCAGGAUGCUUUCCCUCAUGCCUGGUUUAAGUUCCUACUUAGCACCUUCGGCCAUGUGUACCUACAGCGACUUGAUUCAGCCCCCCUGCUCCCCAAACCUCCCCCAAGCACAGCCUCCAGCUCAUCGGAGACAUCCAGCCAGUCCUCCAGUGCCCAGCCUGGCAGGGCAGCAGGGCAGGGGGCACAAGGGGGGCAGGGGGAUGGUGUCAUUCAGAGGAUGCAGUAUGAUGAAACUCUUGAAGAUGCCUACAGACUACUUAUUGGGACCUGCCACCUAAUAGUGAUGGGCACUGAUGACCUGCCACCUACCACAUCACAAGUGUACAAGACCUUCAGUGGAGAGAUAUCAUGGUCCAUGUACCUAGACUGGCUCGUCAGUAAACCUGUGCUCUUCAACCUGGUGCUGCUGGCAUAUAGGAUUGGAGUCAAGCUCUCCCUGGACCAUGCACUGAUUGGAGGAAUAACAGGGUGGGCAGAGCUGCAUGAUGCUCUGGAGGACUACACUCGUAACUGGUACCUUGGCCCUGACACACGGCUGCCUGAGCCAAGCUCCAACUCUGCUCAGCCACCUGAGGGACUGCAAGGGAAGGCACUUGAGUACAAGGAGGGUGGUGUGUGGGGCCCCCAGAGCUGGACAGAGGCAGUCAAGAUGGAAGUGCCAAAUCUGUUUUCUCUGGGUCACAAUGCUGUCAAGAGGGUGUACACCUCACAUCUGCUAACUCUGGGUGAGGCUGAGGUACGGGUGGGCCAGCUGGGCGGGGAGACAGUGCGUGGCUUGUGGGCAUCCUUGGUGGUGGAACUGCUCUACCUCACAAAUGAUGAUGAUGAGCGGUACUCCAUCCAGGCUCAUCCAGGGCUCCUCCGUAACCUCACCAUUCAGGCAGCAGAUCCCCCUCUUGGUUACCCCAUCUUCUCAAGUCCCCCAUUGCGCCUUGCUACAACUUGGCUCAGUGCCACCUAUGAGCAGAUACAUCACCAGAGCAAGGAGCACCAACAGCAACAGUAGCUCCUGUAGUACUUGUAGUAGUAAUGGAGAAGAGAAAAUGAAGUAGAGGGUGAAGGGUACAAGGCUAAUCUGGUAAAAAUGUGUUAGUUUGGUGUUGAGGUGAAGAUCAUUGGUAUUAGAAUGUUUCAAGCAAGGAGCUGCUUCCCAGAUGCUCUUUAUGUAUUGUACCUGCACACAUUCAUGUUUUUUUACUUUAUCCAUGUGUAGGAAAAGGUGCUUGGGUCUUCAGAGUGUGUGUGUGUGUGUGUGUGUGUGUGUGUGUGUGUGUGUGUGUGUGUGUGUGUGUGUGUGUGUGUGCGUGCACACAGUUACUUGUGUUAUGCAUGAGAGAACACAAAGCAUACUUUCAUUUCAUACCUUUAUAUAAGUCAACACUUGAUCAUACACCUUCCCUAGAGGCCAGGCUCCUUACCUCCUCUCCUCUUUUGGUGAUGCAGCAUAUUGAUCCACUUAAAGUUCUUACCAGAUUUUAAUAUUUGAAAUGUUUUCAUUUAGUCUUUUCUUUUAUAUGUAUUACAGAGAUUAGUAAAAGCCCUCCUCCCCAAGAAAAAAGUGCUGUUCCCAAAAGAAAUGCAGAAAUAAGAAAAGCAGCCAGAAUGCCUUUUUUGCAUAUUUCUAACCAUUUCCUUGCUAUUUACAAAAACUCCUUCCUCUCUUUUUUUCUUCUUUCACUCCCCAUAUUCCUCUGUUUACUCUCUCCUUCCUCACUUCCUUCCAAAACAACUUGUUCACAUUGAAGUUAGGAAAGAGGUGAAAAAUGUUGGGUGCAUCUCCAAGACAGUCAAAAAUGCAAGUAGGUUGCUGCAGUAAUUGCUUUAGGUCAUAUAAAUAGCAAAAUUGAAGACUUAUUCACCCGGUUAGUCAGUGAAAGAGGAUGACCGCCAAAGCUGAUGGUGAACAUUGAAAUCUCCAAGUAUAUAAAUUUCAUUAAGGGGGAAAUAGUUGAGAAUGUGCUCCCACUUUUGAAAGUCAAAUACCUCUAGAAUUUUACAGUGGAAGGAGUUAGUCAAAGAUAUGCAGCACAGAUGAAUUUAAUGAGAGUGGCAAUGAAGUCUUAGCCUGAUGUUAGAAGAUUCUGCAGAUUCAAGAGUGUGGGCAUGAAACAAGUUAUAUUUUUACCUCAGAAACAGCAACCAUCUUUGGAUUGAAAUUGAGGAUAGAGGAAGUAAAGGGAACAGAGAAGAAUCUGUUGUCAGUGGCCUCAGCCACCUGGGUAAGGGUAUGUUUUAUAGAUUGAAAAUCAGGUCUAGACUGUGAAUGUAUAAGUUAAUAUAAGAGAAAACUGGAGGAUGUAUCACGACACAUUGGACCCAUAACUGAGGGACAGCCUGGCCUGGGAACUUUUUUUUCUUUUUUUUUUAAUCCCUUCCAGGCUCAUCUUUACAUUUCCCAUGACUAUGUAGGUAUUUGUAGUAUGUCAAGGUAAUAGUAAGAGAGCUUGUCUUUAGAGUACAGGAUGCAGCUGCACUCUAUGUUAAUAAGAUACAAAGAGGAAGUAAGCAGAUGGAACAAGGGAAGGGUCAGCAGCGAGUUUGCAGAACCCUCUUCACCCUUAUGUACUACAUCCUGGGGAGUGACUUAGCCACAGCAGUAGAUAUCUAUUGCCUCGUCUCUUGCCUUAAACUUAUUUUUUUAAAUAUUAUUAAGAAAAUAACAAUAAUAUCAAACCUUGAGGAAAAUUGUGGGAAAAAAAAUUAUUUAUACAUAUUCAUCCUCAUGACAGUUGAUGUGCUAGGGAUGUGCCACUUGUUGAGUCAUGUGGAUGAGUUUAUGAAUAAUUUUAUUGUCUCCUUAAUUUUCUGAAGAGUUGAUAAUUUAAUAUCAUUUCCCUAUUGUACUUUUAAAAACCAGCACAGUGCAAGGCUAAUUCAUAAGAUUAUUGAAAAUAGUAUGAAAGUAUAAAAAACUGAAAAUGUGGCAAGAACAUUAUGAGUGCACCAGUCAGCUGCCUGUCAAAAGGGGGAUGGAGGCCUUGAAUCUGUUUUUAUUGUUUGCACAAGCCACUUCUCAUGGUAAUGCAUUCCACUGAUCUUUUGUUGUAUUUAGAAAACUAUUUUUGCACAUGCUUAUCUCCUCUUCUUUUUCUGAAUUUCUAUGCUGUGUGUUCAUAAUGUUUGUGUGUGUGUAUGUGUGUGUGUGUGUGUGUGUGUGUGUGUGUGUGUGUGUGUGUGUGUGUGUGUUGGGAAGAAGUGUGAUAAGGAAAUGUGCUUGUUCCACACUUGUCAUCCUGAAUUUAGCAGUCAGCCAUGAUUGGUGAGGAAAGACUCUGCCACUUGCUGCUGAAUUCCACAAGAAAACUGCUGUGCUAAACAGUAACACUGGUGAUAAAUAUUGAUCUCAUAGGUUAGAUGACUAAUUGAUCUUAUGGUGAUUAAUAUAGUGUUUCAGGAAUCGACAGCACAGAAAUUCAGCAGGUUUCAGUUCACUGUCAUUCACAAACUGUACAGAGAUUACAUUUACAGGUAUAUAUGUUUCUUCUAUUGAAUUAGGCCUUGGUUCAUCUCCAUUUACUUAAUUUUGGAAUAGGAGAAAAAAAUUUUCUGAAAUUUUUGGGAGAGAUGGUGUUGAUGUUGACAAGUGUGUUUGAUUUAUCUCUCAGUCAUCUACAUUCUGUGUUGAAAGGCUCCAGAGAAUAUGAAAAAUAAUUUUCAAGCUGGCCAAAAGAGAAAGGCUUGUCAGGGACCAUGGGUUGUUUUUGGCAAUGAUGGUGGGUACUUUGUAUGUAAAUAAUAACCCAUUUAAGACUCAAUCACAUGUACAUUAAGAACUAGCUUGUAAGUAUGUAGCAUGUGGCAAAAGCAGAAUAAUUUAUAUUUCUAAUCCAAAGAGCAAGUGAAUACACACAAAUAGCCAUGUCUGUUAUGCUACAGUACUGUUGUGCUACAGUAGGCUCCCUAGAUGCAUAUUAGGCAUUUUGAAAACAGCAGGCAGUCAACAUGAGUGUUAGUGUAGCAAUUUGUAAGGAUUAUCCAGUGAAACACAUGUUUGAACAUCCUAUAGAUAUUUUGCACUUACCUAAGAUAAUCUGCAGACACCUUAGGAUGUUUUUGAAUUGGUUGCUUCUAUAAUCAGGUAGAGGGAAACCAAAUUAAAAUCUUUGUGCACAAAAUGAUAGGUAAAUGUUGAACACUACUUUAGGUCCAGAGGCUGAAGGAAAAUUACAGCUGAAUAGAAUUUUAUUUAUUUAUUAUUUUUUUCCUUCAUACGUAAUGCCCAGAGAAAAUCCAUUCUUGUACACAGCUUGUACACAUUCUUGUACACAGCUUGUGCUGGAUACCUCACUGACUUGUAACUCAGUCCUUGACUCAUCCACUCAACUUUAUUCCUGUUCAGCUGUCCAAAAUAUGAGUCCUUGGUUCAUAUUUUGAAACAUUGUUCUCUUUCUUAUAAGAACUAUUUUCAAAAGACACAGUGAUGAAUAGUUAGAUUCUCAUGGGUUUGUAUUUUCCCAGUGAUGGCACACAGUCUUUGUUAAAUUAUCACUAUAGUCAUGAAAAUAUCUUUGAAAAUAUAACUUCCACUGCAGCCAUUAAAAAGUAGUUAUAAAAAGACACAGAAGUGUUUGGGAAUAUGAGUUUAAGACUUACUUUGUGUGACUCAACUCAAUAUCAUGGCCUUGAUUCACACAUCCUGGUCAUCAGCCAAAUACUGGUUGAAGUAGCUCACAUAUACAUAGUAAUGGAAAUGGGAGUAAUGCUAAUAAUUUAACAAGUAAGUUAUCUCUGAAUGGAGAGGUGAGGAGUAAAGAUGGAAGUGUUUUAAACACAUACCAUGACAAGUACAAAUGCAUUCUGUUCAGCAUGUCUGAAAGUAAUAGAAUAUCUUGAAUUUUUAAUCAAUGUUGCUCUAGUCCUUAUUUGCAGUAUAUGUAUACUGGCUUUUAUAUCAUUUGUCUGCAAGCAUUUCUGUGAUAGCAGAUUAUUGUGAUGCUAGUAGGUACCUGUUUAGUUUUAAUGCAAUGUUAUUGUUAUUGCUAUUUAUUUUGUUUACAGCUCAAGGAGGGAGACUGAAGGUGUGAAAUGUGCAUAUGUUAAUAAUUUUAAUGUAUCAGAAAGUUAUAUGUCCAUUUGGUACUGAGGUCAGUGGUAAUAGUUUCACUUGGUCAAGACUUGACCUCCACACCUAACUCUGUAUGUGUACAUUUAAUAGUGUGCUUAUUUCUCUAUUUCUGAAACGUAAUUGAAGGAACUUGAUAUAAUAGAGAUCAUUUAUUCAUCUGAGCCAUCUCUACCAGUUUUUCUCCCCAUCCUACUGCUAACUCUGCACAGGGAUUUUUUUCUAUUCAUGCAUGUAGCACACUUCACUUAUAUAGGGGGUUCCAUUCACACUGCACUUUUGAACUUGGUGGAAUCAAAAGCAUUUUAUCUUACAAUCUCCUGUCCUAAAACUGAAUGUCUUCAGUCUCUUUCUCUUUGCCAUAAUAUUGCAUCUCUUGCUAUCUUGUAUUGAUAUUUUCAUGCUAACUACUCUUCUGAUAUUGCUAAGUGCAUGCCUCCCCUCCUGCAGCCUCACCAGACUUUCUA